AUGGAAAGACGGCCGGCGAAUGCAAGGUGGACGAUAUUCCCUCAAGAACUUAAUUUGCAAAACGGAGAAACAUAUUUUCUUAGGAAUAUAGCAAAUGGUGUCGAAGGCCAUCCUAAAUGGAAGGAUGUGGAUAUGGCGCUACAUUUAGAUAUUUGGAAAGUACACAUUUAUGAUUUAGCACGAUGUAUGAAUUACUUCACAACGUACUUGACUGGUGGAGAAUUCAAAAGUUUUGGGGAUAGUAUAAUCGAAGAGCUAGAUGCGAUUGACUACUGGAAGGAUUUCCCCGAUGGACACAAAGGCAAUGCAGUUGUGGAGUUUAUUGAUAUUGUAGACGUUCCACAACAAUAA